GUUGCUUCUGUGGUGGAUGUAAGUGCAGCUGAGUUGCAGAAGGCCGGUUUUGCUCAAAAUGAGAUGGUACUUGUUGUGCGAGACGGUGAUGAUAUUGAGAGCAUCUUAGGAAACAGCGGAGGCGCUCCUGUUCCAAUGCGAGUGCGAGUAGACGAUGGCCGACUGAUCUUGGACGCAGACGGUCUAAAACAACAAGGGCGAGAAGCGAAGCUUUGUCAGGUCGUGACGGGUACCAAUGGUGAGAAAACACUACGAGAAGUGACGAGGGCAGAAGAGCAAUCUGGUGGUGGAAAUGCUCCUGUACCUGUCUCUCAAGUGGCUAAUCCUGCACCAGCAGCUAUGGCAGCAAUGCCGGGUAGAGCUGCUUCAACAGCGUCCAUAACAUCUAGUGUGGAUACCGCUAAGUCCGACAGAAUCACAUAUGGCAAGCCUGCAAAUAAAUCGUGUUUGAGCAUUCAUCCAUUUCUUCGAUGUUCAACGUCUGUUUCAAAAGUGGCGCCGUUGACAGUGUCAACUACAACCACUGGUUUUCACCACACGAUGCAGAAUGGUGGCACUCACGAGUGUAACGACGUUGGCGAAACGAUUGAGGAGUUGACCGCACGACUGAGUCCGCCAUUGAAGAAACGCCGGGCUAUUUCACCCGAAAAACAACUUGUCGAUGGAGAAUUUGCUGACUUAGUUCCGGUUGAAGUUUUGCAACGCAUGGAGGUAAAUAACCGGUCGAGGUUGCAAAGAAUUGUGGAGCGUUUCGAAUGCAAACAAAGCCCUUUGUAUUCUACACAACUGAUUUCUAUGCUAACGAAGGCAGUUCCAUCAAUGGUGGGUUUACCAGGAGAAGGGGAGGAGGAGGCUCAUGAAUCAUACGAUGAAACCUCAAUUUCUCCCGACAUUCGUGAACAACUCACUUGUUGGACUGAAUAUGCAAUGAAACGGUUCUGGAUGUGGGUUAGUCCAGCCGUCGCCGAUUCACCGCAGCUGUGGAGCUCAUAUACGGGACGAGGAAAUGUCGUACGUUUCAUGCAGGAGCAACUUUCAAUUGCAUCUCGAGACUUUUUAUCUAUGACGCAUCCCCUGACACAUGUAGCUCUUGUUUCGUCUCAGCUGCAGUUCCCUGAGCUUCGCCUUAUCGAGUAUGAUUGCGGGAAAUUGCAAGCUUUGGCGCGUUUACUACGUCGCUUGUAUGUGAAUAAACACCGUUGCCUGAUUUUCACUCAAAUGUCGCGGAUGUUAGAUGUAUUGCAAGCUUUUCUCUCUUAUCACGGGUAUCAAUACUUCAGGCUAGAUGGCACUACUGGUAUAGAGCAGCGGCAGGCAAUGAUGGAAAGAUUUAAUGCGGAUGCUAAAAUUUUUUGUUUUAUCCUUUCAACUCGAUCUGGUGGUAUCGGUGUCAAUCUUACCGGUGCAGACACUGUGAUCUUUUAUGAUUCUGAUUGGAAUCCCACGAUGGAUGCCCAAGCGCAGGAUCGAUGUCAUAGGAUUGGACAAACUCGAAAUGUAACGAUUUUCCGUUUGAUCUCAGAAAGAACCAUAGAAGAAAACAUUUUGCGCAAAGCAAUCCAGAAACGUAGACUAGGUGAAAUGGCGAUUGAUGAGGCUGGAUUCACUCCGGAGUUCUUCAAACAGUCUGAUAAUAUACGUGAUCUCUUCGAUGGUGAGGUAGACGUUGGUGAUGUAGAAAAUGUUGAAGCUCCCAAGAGCCAGAGGGAUGUGGAGAAGGUAGAAUAUUUGGUUAUUUUGUGUUGA